AUUUAUCAUUUAUUUUGUAGCACGUCGUUUUUCACAAAGAAAAAUAUUAGAUGAGUCAGUUUCAUUUGUUCAAUUGAAAAAGACAGCUGUGAAAAGAAAUAAGGAAUGUGGCCCUUUACUACAAGUUAUCCCCAAGGAUUUGGAUGAUGAAGAUCAACUAAACAACAUAUUUACCAGAAGAAGAGAACAUGUAAUUGAAAAGUUGGGAAUGAUUUACACUCUAUUGCGUGGAGUUGUCAACAUGAAAUGCAAGGAUCUCAAACGUUUUAUACCAUUACCUGCCAAGUAUAUACAGCUCCUGUUGAAAGAACCAGAAGAAGGAGAAAAUCCAUUUCCUUUAGGACUUUCAGAACUACGAAGGAUUCAUCAACAAAAGACGACCAAAUGUUAUCAAUUUAUGUCAAUUGAAGCCAGAGAAUCAAGGACUCCUGACCUUUUAUGGAAAACCUUUGUCUAUACUGAGAACUCAGCAAAUGAAUCAGAUACAUGCCCGAUGCCAUCAAAAGCACUGACCUCUGCAAAAGAAACACUGAAAAAUGAAUUGACUGAAAAAGAGAUGUCAGUGUUUGAACUUCCUCCAUGGCUCGCACUGAUAGAGGCGAGGAACACUACAGAACGGCGUUUUCGUCAAAAAUUAAAGGAGAGCAAAGACACAAUCAGAACAUUGAAAGAGACAUUCAAAAAUUUACAGAAAAGUAUGGCCAAAGCGACACAGAGAAGGUUGAUGUUGAGGAGGGAAAAUCGUACACUCAGAAUGAGUGCCAUACUACAACUCCUUGAUAUUAGUCCUGAAAUGGACUUUGAAACAAUGAUAUCAUCAAUAGAUCAUGACACCAAAGUUUUAGAACCACCAAAACAUCCACCCCUGUGGUUCACUUUACUAAAGAAUGAAUGUUUGGAACUUGGUGGACUUAAAGAAAUCAGACCCCUGUUAAAGAAGCUUACAUAUUUUCACCAUUUUACCACAAGUUCCAUAUCUUCUGCUGAGGAAAAGUUGUGUCUUUUGGCAGUUUCACUUCCAGCAGAACAACUCCUUCGACUUCCUGUUCAGGAUGCUUUGCUCUUUAUCGUGGAAAAUAUUUUCAAGUGCUCUGCAAAGCAUGUGAAACACUGGUUCCAGUAUAGGAAAGUACACUUCUCACUUAUGUGUAAGAAUCAGUAAAGAACAAACUUUCACUGAUUGAAGUAAAUGGUUUUUGCUGGUACAAAAAUUUCUGUUAAAGUACAUUUUUCAAUUUUAUUUUGCAAUUACACAUUAGACAUUAAGGAGGAUUUCACGCAGUUGCAUUUGAAUCGCAUCCAUGACAUAAAAAUAAAAUUUGACUUUUAAUGGGGAAAAAUGAAAGAGGGUCACUUUUACCCAUGAAUUCUAAACAGCUAUCACUUUUCCUUUCUAUUCAAGAAUGAUAUUAUUUUCCCCCUCCAUGCUACAUGCCACAGAAGAGAGCCAAAUGCAGGCAGAUGGGACAUGUUGGCCAGUGUGGGCAAGUUGGGCUGAAGGCCCUGUCUCCACGCUGUAAGACUCUAUGACUUAUGUCUCGCUGAUAGUGGGCCAUUCAACAAUUCUAAUGCUGUUGAGGAUCAAAGGAAAUGGACAAUUAGGCCAUGCCUGGCUAAUGAUUUGCUGCUUACCAGCCCUUGACUGAAUGUUGUCCAAUCUUGCUGUACAGAUUCUUCUCAUUUUCAAGGUUCACGGUUUGAAGGUUAGUUUAUUGUCACAUGUACCAAUUAAGGUACAGUGAAAUUUGAGUUUUGAGAAGGCAUCAAUUAAAAUACCUAAGUUUGGAGAUGACACUAAAGUGGUUGGCAUUGUAGAUAUAGAUAGGUAAAGAUGGUUAUCAAAGAAUCUCAAUCAGUUGGGCAAGUGGGCUGAGGAAUGGUUAAUGGAGUUUAAUGCAGAUCAGUGUGAGGUGUUGUAUUUUGGCAAGUUAAACCAGGGCAGGACCUUGACAGUGAAUGGCAGGGCUCUGUGGAGUAUUGUGUUAAAGUUCGAUUUGCUUCAAACAGAUAAUAACACAAAAUACAGCAACGGCUCUUGAGAGGGUCCAGGAGGUUUACAAGAAUGAUCCCAGGAAUGAGUAGGUUAACGUAUGAUGAUGGUUUGUCGGCACUGGGCCUAUAUUCGCUGGAGUUUAGAAGUAUGAGGGAGCACUUCAUUGAAACAUACAGAAUAGUGAAAGGCUUGGAUAGAGUGGAUGUGGAGAGGAUUUUUCCACUAGUGGGAGAGUCUAGGACUAGAGGUCGUAGCCUCAGAAUUAAAGGACGUUCUUUUGAGGAGGAAUUUAUUUAGUCAGAGGGUGGAGAAUCUGUGGAAUUCUUUGCCCAGAAGGCUGUGGAGACAAAGUCAGUGGGUAUAUUUAAGACAGAGAUAGAUAGAUUCUUGAUUAGUACUGGUGUCAGAAGUUAUGGGAAAAAGGCAUGAGCGUGGGAUUAGGAGGGAGAGAUAGAUCAGCCAUGAUUGAAUGGCAGAGUAGACUUGAUGGGUCGAAUGGCCUAAUUCUACUCCUAUCUCUUGAUUUCAUGAUCUUAUGAUCCUACGGCACCACACAGAGAUGGCCACUUUUGUAUGUGAGGAGCCCUAUUAUCUCUCUAUUUAUACGCUUUCCCUUAAUGUAAAAUCGGGUUGGAUAGACGGAUUGUUUUCUCUGGAACGUUGGAGGUUGAAGGGAGACUUUAUAGAAGUAUAUAAAAUGUAAGUAUAUAAGAGGCAUAUAUAGGAUAGACACUCAAAACCUUUUUUCCCAGGUUGGACAUGUCCAAUACUAGAGGGUAUAGCUAUAGGGUGAGAGGGGGAAAAUAUAAUGGAGAUGUGCAGGAAACUUUUUUUGUGGGUGUUGGAAUCCAUUGUUAGGAGUGGUAGUGGAGGCAGAUACAGUGGUGGCAUUUAAGACGUUUUUAGAUAAGCACAUGGAUUUGCAGAGCAUGGAGAGAUAUAGAUCACUUCCAGACAGGAGAUCAGUUCAGCUAAGCACCAUGUUUAGCACAAACAUUAUGGGCCAAAGAGCCCAUUCCUGUGCUGUACCGUUCUAUGUUGUAUAUUAGACUGACUUCCUUCCUAUCACCUGCCUCAGCCCUGCAUAAGAUCCCGUCUCCUUUGCCAAUCUCAGUAUAAACCCAACCGAGUAAUGAAUUUAUGAGUAGUAUGAUUCACUACCUCAAUGAGGACAUUGAAUAUGACAGCACACCAGUUCCAAAGACAAUGCUGAGAACUAUAUUUUGUACUCAAUUUUUUGUUCCCAUUGCUCUCCCAAUUCUACUUGAAUUUGACUUGGUUGUUUUCAUGUAUUGUAUUAUUUCAUUUAAUUAGAAAGCAUGCAAAACAAACCUUGGUACAUGUGACAAUAAUAAACAAAUCUAAAUCUUGGGGACCACUCCAAGGAUAUUUGUGAAACAAUGCCCUGGAGUUUAAAUAAUUAGUCUGCCACAACACCAACCAUCUCCCUUUGGGCUAAGUAUUGCCCUAGCUAGUGCAUCCUUAUUUUCACAUUUAUGUUAAUAUUUUACAGGCCCCAUUGAUGCAUAUUUUAUUCAAAUGCUUUUUCUCAUACACAGGAUGUGAGCACCACUACCAAAGCCAGUAUCUUGAGCAUGAACUGGGCCAAUUCAUAAGUAAUCAUAAAGAUGGAUCAGGUUAAUCGAUCUUUUAAAUUCUCCAUCCAAAAAGCUUUAAAAAAUAUUCACUCAAACCAAUAACCACAUUAAUUCAAAAGGUUAAUGAAAAGAUUUUGGGAUAUUAAGGGAAUCAAGAAUUAUGGUGGUUGAGCAGAAAAAUGGUGUAAGCUUGAAAAUCAGCCAUGAACUUGACGAAGGGGGAAACAGGUUAUAAGAGCUGCAUUACUUACUCCUGCUCCUUUCUCUUUUGUUCUAACAUGCACUGAAAUGCAUGUGGACAAACCACAGCUUAUAAACUUUGUUUUGAAAGAGAUUCUCAAUCAUUUAUGGGUUGUUUUGAAGUCUUGAGUAGGGUGUCUCAACAUUGUGUGUUCUGAUACGAAGGGUGUAGAAAAAGUACGUGUGUGGUGUUUUCAUAGAUCAAUGGCAAGUACAGAUAGCUCAGAACUAACAACCAAAUGUUCCUGCUUUUUUUGUCAACUAGU